AUGAUUGAUUAUCUGCACUACACUAUCUACCCCGAAAGACGUCUGAUGCAGGGGGUUGAGAGAGCAAUCCAUUCCAACGUCCUAUCCUCAGGCUUGGAAUCUUAUCUCUGUGAUAAGAAGGCAAGGGAACAUGGGUCGCAGUUGGGAUUGGGUAUCAGUUGCGAGGCCCCGACAAUUGCGCUGUCUCCCACACCCUCUUUGGAUUGGAUCAGACGGUUGAGAAAUACUUUGUUUAAUGAGAACAUCUUGAUAGAUAUGACAAACUUCGUCAUCCAACUGAGUGGAGAAGACCUCAUCUCAUUGCCCCAGGAAGAGGAUAUCAGUAAGAAGCAGGAAUAUCGGUCCAAAAUAGAGUACAUAUUCUCCAUUCUCUUACGAAGAAAUCCAGACGAUACAAAAAAGAAAUUACUCAAAGUUCUCGAAAGGAUGAGAAGGGAGGACAUCAUACUCAGCAUUGGUUGCAACUCUGAUUUGUGGAGUGGCAGGAAGGAUCUUGUGAGGAAUCGGGCAUGGGGCACCCCCUAA